CCGAGCUACCAGUCGGCAAGCAUCUCGAAGAUGGCUACCAUCAAGCAUUUGGCCAUUGUCGUUCUUGUCCUCCUUAGCAUAGGCACGAGCACCAACGCUCGAAUCCUCCUGGGAUACGGUCCUGGCGGAGGAGGCGGUGGUGGAGGCAGCGGUGGAGGUGGUGGUGCUGGCUAUGGUGGAUCAGGGUCUGGUUCUGGGUAUGGCGAGGGUGUUGGAAGUGGAGGAGGUAUUAGCGGUGGUGGAUACGGCCAUGGUGGUGGCGGUGGAGGCGGUGGAGGUGAGGGUGGAGGCGCCGGUUCUGGGUAUGGGUCUGGGGAGGGCUCUGACUACGGGAGCGGCGCCGGUGGGUACGGUGGCGGCAGUGGCGGAGGACGCGGUGGUGGCCAAGGUGGCGGUGGUGCAGGCUAUGGGCAUGGGUCCGGUGAGGGUUCUGGCUAUGGCGGUGGUGCUAGUGGUGGUGGUGGCGGGCACGGAGGUGGUGGCGGUGGCGGACAAGGUGGUGGGUCUGGCGGGGGCUCAGGCUACGGUUCCGGGUCUGGCAGUGGAUAUGGUGGAGGAUAUGGAGGCGGCGGCGGAGGUGGUCAAGGUGGAGGCUCUGGCUAUGGCUCUGGGUCUGGCUCUGGAUACAGUUACGGCUCCGGCGGUGGCUUUGUAAAUGGACACCACUGAUCUCACUUCCAUGGAAAACUCAAGUAUUCAAGAGUAUAUAGUUAAAAAGUCUUCCCGUGAGUGACAGUGAUGAGCUUGUUGUUCACUGAUCUACUACUACUGAAGAUGCAAGUUUGAGUGUAUGUGAUUAAUAUUGUACUUUGGUGGUGGUUGCUGCUUUACUUAUUUGGCGAAGUCCAGUAAAUAAGCGAUCUUUACAAAGAGAUCAUCAUACUC